GUCGACGCUGCUGCACUUGCGGCGCGGCCACGAUCAGUCGGUUCUCCACGUUCGCGGGACAACGAUGUUUGUCGCUCGUUGUCUCAUCUCGAACUUUGACCCGUUGUAAUAUCCCGCGACUACUUUACCGAUUACGUAUCUUAGGACGUGUUAAACAGCAACGAUUAUUCUCCAUUUAAACGAAAGAAAGAAAUUUGUGCUUUUUCCACUGGGAAUCACAGUAAAAAAGGAAUUUUUAAAAAAGACAUAAAGAAGGAGGAAAAUUUCAAAGGAGGCGACGAGUUGAGUUGACUGAAUUGAAGAUAAAUUUCAAAAAGUAGACAGCACAUAACGGGAAGCAAAAAACCAACGUUCAUAUCAGUAACGAAUUAAUUUGUGCAGCACUCGAUAAAUACCUUUGAAAAUCGUUCGCGUACGUUUGUGGCAAUGACAAUUCUACUUUCCAUAAUCACAGUGACAAAACCCCAUAAUUAUACUGUCUCCGGGACUAACGGAAAGAAACAACGAUUUACUUAUUUCUCGGGAACUCUACGAGAAUAAAAACACUGACGAAUCAAACGAGGAACAAUAAGAAAGAGAUUAAAAAAAAAAAGGAAAAAGAACUUUUGUCCACAGUGAAUUUCCCCGUGGACUUGUCUGUUACAGCGUGAAACCGAGGACUGUUUUCCUUUCGAAAGCUUGCGCCACUCGGGGGUGGCGCAUCCAACGUACGAGUCUCAAUUUCGUUUCCGUUAACACGCCGUUUACAUUGAGUCGCAAACACCGACGAAUAUCUGGACUUUGGAUAAAGUUGAAAAGUUUUGCUUUUUCGCUUGGAGCGCGAGUGCACAGUUUUGCCACCGCGAAAAAAUAUCUCAGUUCGGAGGAUAAGUUUUGUGCAUGAGUUUUCAAAAUUUCACAGCUAUCUCAUCGUCACUGGAUAUAAGAAGAAGAAAAAACGUCGAAAGUUUGCCGCCACUUUCAAACCGACCAAAUGUACAUUAAUUUAAUAUCAAAGUUCCAUGGAGUUUGAUCGGUUAUGAUCAAAAGUUGUAACAUCGCGUUGUGAAUAGGAAACAAAAAAGCAUCCCCGAAAUGAUUUUUCUCCCGAUCGUUUCGAUUCUCGUCGUUAUCGUCGAUUCUCGAGUUUUGCAGAGAAACGAGACUUCGUCGAAUUUUUCGGUUAAUAACGCCAACAAACAUCGACGAAAAUUCACGGUCGACGAGCUCCUCACGACGAACUUUCCGCAUUCGAUAACCAAUGACUUGGAUCUCGACGUUUGUAAAGCCGGUGGUUUUCUCGGCGAUAUUGCUCUCCCGAACGUGAAAUACGAGACUGAAUGGCGGCAGCAAAAACUGAACAAAAGCUAUCUCGAAGAACUGGAAAAGUAUCAGGAUGAAGUACUCAAAGAAGGUCUCCAGGUUGAAGAGGAAGGAUUGACAGAAAUUCUUCAGUUCAAGAACGAACACGAUUCCCUUGCAGCGACCGAGAAUGUUGAAGAGUCAGUUUUGUCGAUGGGAAAAUCCGAGAUCAUAACUCCGGACAGAAAUCAGUACAGCAUGGGCUCAGAUUCAAUGGGUGUAUAUAACUUUGGUAGAAAUCAGGACUUCAAUCCAGAAAUCAAAGAUACCGGAAUCGAAUUCAAGGUGCAAGAGUCGAUGGUUGAUAACAAGAAGAAGCACAAUCGGCACUUUCAUGUUGAGAGUUCGACGUCUGCUUCGAUGCUAUCGACAAGCGUGAAAAAUGAGGAAUCUACAACGAAUUUACCGGUUAGUACGGCCAGAACCAGGCAUUCAGGACACCGACAAAUGCGGGUCGAAUUUGUAACGGAAAUCGGUGGCUCGUCGUCUCUUCUGCCGGAAACGACGACUGAUCCUAGUUUGAGGAAACGAGCUCGACGUCACCACCGUCGAAGAGUCACCAGGAGACGACAAUCCUCAGUGAAACGUCGAAAAACUCCUUUUCCUCGGGACUCCGCGGACUCUUCCGACGAAGUUGUAUCACUCCACGAUCGACGACUCCGUUCGAUUGAAUUUUACAACGAGCAUAAACCCAAGUAUCUCGUGAAUCACGACCGCGGAGCUACGAGACAUUCAACACCGAGUAGAAAUCGUCGCGCUGCGACAGCUCGAAAGGAACGUGUCUGGGAUCACGGGGUUAUACCGUACGAGAUAGAUGGAAAUUUCUCUGGUGCCCACAAAGCUCUCUUCAAGCAGGCGAUGCGACAUUGGGAAAAUUUUACCUGCGUCAAGUUCGUCGAAAGAAUUAAUAGCCUUCAUCCGAAUUACAUCGUUUUUACAGAAAGACCUUGCGGAUGUUGUUCGUUCGUUGGGAAACGAGGAAACGGUCCGCAGGCAAUCAGUAUCGGCAAGAAUUGCGACAAGUUCGGCAUAGUUGUUCACGAAUUAGGUCACGUUGUUGGUUUCUGGCACGAGCAUACCAGACCAGACCGUGAUCGACACGUUCAGAUCAUUCGGGACAACAUAAUGGCGGGCCAAGAAUAUAAUUUCAACAAAUUGACCGACGACGAAGUUAAUUCUUUGGGCCUACCUUACGACUACGAUUCGAUAAUGCAUUACGCCAAAAACACAUUUUCAAGGGGAACGUAUCUCGAUACGAUUCUUCCGAUGGAAAGCCAUGGCAAGAAGAGACCGGAAAUUGGGCAAAGGGUUCGUCUCAGCGAAGGCGACAUUGCGCAAACUAAUUUACUCUACAAAUGUCCCAAGUGCGGUAGAACAUUCCAGGAAAACAGCGGCAGCUUCGGUUCACCGAUUCAUCUGAAUAAUUCACCACCUCCGGACGGUGAGAGAUGUGAAUGGAGAAUAACAGCAACUCAUGGCGAGCGUAUCGUACUUAACAUAACUUCUCUCGAUAUUCUGAAAAGCGAUUAUUGUCGUUCAGAUUAUAUAGAGAUUCGCGAUGGUUAUUGGCACAAAAGCAAAACUUUGGGAAGAUUUUGUGGAAGUGGAAAGAUUCACGAUGCGAUAGUCUCGACCGGAAGUAGAAUGUUGGUAACUUACGUGACAUCGAGUCGUCAGGGAAAUCACAGAGGUUUUACAGCCUCGUACGAGGCAGUUUGCGGUGGCGACGUCGAGUUGGAUGGCGUCGGGCACCUCGAGUCGCCAAAUUAUCCCGAAGAAUAUCAAUCGAGCAAAGAAUGCGUUUGGAAAUUGUCGGUCCCUCACGACUAUCAGGUUGCAUUGAAAUUUCAAUCAUUCGAGAUCGAGAAUCAUGACAAUUGCGUUUACGAUUACGUCGAGGUUCGGGACGGUCAUAGCCCUGAUUCUCCCUUGAUUGGAGUUUAUUGCGGAUACAAAGCUCCGCCGGAUAUGAGAUCGACUGGAAAUAAGCUCCUUGUUAAAUUCGUCAGCGAUGGAUCGGUUCAGAAAGCUGGAUUUUCCGCUACGUUUAUGAAAGAAUUCGACGAAUGUGCCCUGUCCGAUCACGGCUGCGAGCACGACUGUAUCAAUACACUCGGAGGCUACGAGUGCUCCUGCAGAAUUGGUUACGAGCUCCAUUCCGAUGGGAAACACUGCGAAGACGCGUGUGGGGGCAUUUUCGAUGUGGCCAACGGCACAAUAACCAGCCCUUCGUUUCCUGAAGCUUACCCUGGCAAUAAGAAUUGCGUUUGGGAAAUAAUAGCGCCCCCGCAAUAUCGUAUAACUCUCAACUUCACUCACUUCGACCUCGAGGGAAGUCUUAUGUUUCCUCAAGAAUGCGAGUACGACUCGGUCGAAGUGGCCAGCAAAUUGGGCGACGAUAUUUUACGAAAGCACGGUGUUUUCUGUGGCUCGAGGGUUCCCCAACUUCUAACUUCCGAGGGCAAUUCUAUGAGAGUGACAUUUACUUCUGACAACAGUAUCCAAAAAUCAGGCUUCGCUGCUGUUUUCUUUACGGACAUGGACGAAUGUGCAAACAACAACGGCGAUUGCGAGCACGAGUGUCGAAACACGCUCGGCUCUUACGAGUGCUCGUGUCACAAUGGUUUUACCCUGCACGAGAAUCGUCACGAUUGCAAAGAGGGUGGCUGCAAAUACGAGAUAACCGCUCCCGCUGGUACGAUUUCGUCGCCAAACUACCCAAACAAUUACCCCAGCAGAAAAGACUGCGUUUGGCACUUCACCACGACCCAAGGUCAUCGUAUCAAAUUGAUGUUCAAAGUUUUCGAGAUGGAACCUCAUCAGGAGUGUGCAUAUGAUCACAUCGCUAUCUACGACGGAGAUUCACCGGACAGUCACACCCUGGGACGAUUUUGUGGCACCAAGGAACCCCAUCCAAUCAUAGCCACGUCCAAUCAAAUGUUCAUGGUCUUCAAGAGCGAUGCUUCCGUUCAAAGAAAAGGCUUUUUCGCGACCCACACGACUGCCUGCGGUGGCCACCUGAUGGCAACCGAAAGAGUCAAGCACAUAUAUUCUCACGCGAGAUACGGCAGCCACAAGUACGAUCACCGAACCGAUUGCGACUGGACGAUCGAGGCCCCGAUAGGCAAAAAUGUCCAUCUAACUUUCCUCUCAUUCCAAGUUGAAUACGAGGAAGACUGUGGCUACGAUUUCGUCGAAGUUUACUCGGGUCUCGAUUCAUCGGGCCCGAGUUACGGAAAACUCUGUGGAAACUCGAACACCAGCGACAUCGUGUCGAUGAACGAAGCUCUUCUCGUGAGAUUCCGGACGGAUGAUACAGUUUCGGACAAAGGUUUUUCGGCGGCUUUCGUGGCCGUCGAUCGUCCGGACAGCGACGAGAACUACGGAGGUGUGGACGAGGAUAAUCUCUGAUCCAUAACCGGACUCGCGAAUUCAUUGGAGACCCGUGGCGUAUCAUCGUCCCGUGAUUACGGUCGUUCAUCGAGCGUGCGUCGCCGGAUCGAUACGUCGUCAUAUCGACGGGUCGUACCAGGGCUUCGGCGAGUCAGACCGGAAAUAAUCGGGGGGAGAUCGAGACGCGGAAGGUUGGCAAAUUCGAACGUGGCUGUGGAGGAGCCUCAUCGUUUGCGUUACAAGCGAAAAAGAAUGCGGUUAGCAGCUUCCCUCGAAUAAAAGUGAGCCGAUGGAAUUCGGCGAGGGGAGAAAGAAGAAAAAGAUUUGAAACUGGAGUUGAGACGAGGUGAAAAUUCGCCGAGUCUCGAGUCGACCGGAGCUCGAACGAUCGUCGAGAAUUCGUGAUAUAAAAAUCGUGAAAAUUAUUUCGACGCUUGAUAUGGCAAAAAACGGGACGAAACAUUUUUUUUCAUGGUUCCUGAAAUUUUUGUGUAAUAAGAAAAAUCACAAUUGUGAAAAAAAAAAGUAGCGGAAGCAAUUCAGUCCACGUUUACGGUAAAAAUUCUCUUGUUCCUCGUGACAAACAUUUUUCUGCUGCGAACUCGUUGUCGAUCUCGCAAACAUUAAAAAUUCUCCUGGUUAUAUCGUGCCCGAUCUACGCCAAAAUAGACGAACCGUUAACGCGAAGAUGAAACAUAAAAAGAAAAGCGUUACCGAGAGUCAAACGUGCCAUGUAAUUUAAGUAGACUUGAAAAUAUUAUUUUUCGAGAUAUAGAAAAUGAUUGCCAGCGGGAGAAAUGGUGGGGAAAGUAAGGGUGUGAAAACUGAAAAAUCGUAACAACAAUUUUUCCAUUGUAUUGCCUUUAACUUAAUUUCCUUGGGCUGCUCCUGCUUUCUUUGAAUGUCCACAGUAAAAAAAAAAAAUUGAAGCCAUUGGACUGUAACAAACAGAAGAAAUUCUCAUCAAAAUACGAGGCGAAUCAAAUCAAACCCAAAAAAGGCCAAGUGCCCCCGAGGAAUGUGACAGCAAAUCGCCUCACAAAAACGACCUAUGACAAAUGUUAUUUCUUCGGAAAGGGCUUCGAUUAAGAGCUCCAUUAUGUGGUUAAUUCAAUAUUUAGAUAUAUAAAAACGUCACAUUAUUCCGUAUACGAUUUAUUGUCACAAUGAUAAACGCGAUAAAUGUACGAACAUCCUUGACACUGCCUAAAUUCAGAGUAAAAGGAUAUAAAAACACGCGCGUGUGUGAGAGCAUGUGAAGGGAAAAAUAGGGGAGAAGAGAAGUGUGAGAAAACUCAAAAAUCUUAAGUAACGUAAUAAAAUUGUGGAUCAUGCUUCUCGAUCUUUGGGGAUCGAUUGGUGAAUGAUUUUACUGUACAUAGAUAAAACUCAAUGGCAGAAUUUUAGAUCGUAGAAUUGUCGAUGUCGUGCCGUUUUAUAAUAUAAAUGUGUUACUAUAUCUUACGAUAUAGAAGUGCUAAUUACUUGGAGGCAAUUAUCGUCGAAUAGAAUGUAUCAUUUUCGCUGUAUAAGGGAGUUAUAUACGAAAAUUUUAUGCAGAAAUACGAACAACUCGAUGUUUUCUUCGUUGAAAAAAAGCGUUCAGCCCUCUCGACAAUACGAGUGAAGUCAUUGAGUUAUUUUUGAAUAUAUUUUUAGCGUUCCCUUAAAGUCAUUUCGUCGUCGACGUGUGUAGUUAUUAUCGAGAUGAAAUAACGGAAAAGACCCUAUAUAUAAACGUAUAAAUAAGGUUAAAAGUAACUAAACAAAUGAAGCCAAGCGUUGUUGAAAAGCGUUAGAUGUAAAUUUCGUCGUCGAUAGAAUUAUGCAUGUGUAAAUAUAUUUCUUUUUCAUUAUUUAAACGAUUUUUCAUCGUCAAAAAAUAUUAAAGAAAUUUUACUUCCGCGAUUCGAUUUGGUAACGAAAAAAUAAAAAAUUAACAAUAUGAAGAAAAAAAGAAUUAUUAUUGAUUAGAAAAAAUAAUCAUUCAAAACUGACACUGUGGGGAAAACGAAUUUUUGUUGUUUCUAACAAAUGCAAAAAAUUUUUUAUUUUUUAUCAUGCCCAAGUUUAAUUGUCGUUCGAAAAAAAGGGAUGAGUACAGGUUCGAAUGAAUCAGAAAAUGAAGUGAAUUUGUAAUUAUUGAUCGAAACCGAUUAACGAAUAAUUAUUGGGCUGAUCGAAUUCUAGUUUAGCAAACUUGACCUCACGGAAAAAGAAUAAAUGAAAUCAAUUAAAGCUCAAGAUAAAAUAUCAUGACUCGAAUACUUUUCGUGUUUAGUAGUAACGUACGUAGGUAAUACAAGCCGUGAAUGACUAUACUAAUUGUAGAUUAUUGUAAGAGUAUGGGAGAAAAAAAACAGUCUCGCAUUCUCAGUAAGUUUGAGUGUAUCGAACAAAAAAAUUCAGCGUCAACUUUAUAGAUGGAAUAUAAAUAAAAAUGAAACGAUUGACAAAAA